GCCUGUCACUCUGUGAAUAAAAGGAACAAAUUAAAGAUCCAAUUCCGCAAAAUGGAGAAAUCUGGGCCCAACGAAAAUCCAUUGGAGCCGUUUGAGAUGGAUGACUAUGACCAAGACUACGCCGAUACCCUGCUGCUGUUGGCCCAGAUCAGGAAUCUAUUGGAGAUUAGCCAGCGAAUGACCUUGGUGGUGCACCUGCGGGAGGAGAUAAAUAACUUCGCACACGACCAUGCCCAGUACCAGGAGUACAACCAAUUGCUCGAGCAGUUGCGAUACGAUCUGAACAACGGAUGCCUGGAUCUUAUGGAAUCUCUGAUUGUCAAGGAAAUUGUGUUCUAUGAAAUCGGCGACUUGGUCGAAACGGUGCACCUUCUAAACGUGCAGAUGGACCAAAUGGCCGACGACAUCGAAUGCUCCAUUUGCAGGUAUGCCUAUCUGGCAGACGAGUGAAUCUUCACGCUGCCCAAACUGUACGAAAACGUAGUAUCUACAAAACCUGAUUUCGCAUUGAUGUUUACAAGAUUCACAACAAAUUCAUACAUUUUUAAAGAACACCCAUUUAUUUUUGGAUGCAGCUGUUUUUAAAGCAAGACUAUCCCACCUAUUGAGAAAUAUUAACACAAUAAAUAUUAGCAAUUUCUUAAUCAAGAGAAUUGUUAAAAUGCGUUUUUAUUUCAAUUGUAUUUACAGCCAGAAUCUUAGUACUUAGGACAUAAUAAUAAUAAUAAACAUACUAAUUAUAACUUCAGUACCAAAGAGGAUAUUAUUGUAAAUAAGAUGACUUACAAAUACUGUUUGCUUAAAAUGACUGUUUAUUAUCAAAGAAAAAACAUAACAUUUAAAAACAUU